GCUGCAUAAAGCCCCCUGCAUGUUCAAAGCCUGGGCCAGAACGCAAGAAGAAGUCUCCUGCUCACUUUGGACAAAAGCAGUGAAGAUUAAAACAACACUUUUGACGCUUCUGCAAAAUGUGUAAAGGAUUAGCUGCCCUGCCCCAAACUUGCCUUGAAAGGGCCAAGGAGAUCAAGUCCAAAUUGGGAGUUUUGCUUCAAAAGCCGGAAAAUGCAAUCGACCUAAUCGUUCCCUACCCGGAGAAAAGCGAGAAGAAGCCGGAGAAGUUUCACAAACCUUCGUGCGAGGAGGCCUCCCAGUGGCGUGAGAGUCUGGAGCGAGUCCUGAACAACAACUAUGGUCUGGCUACUUUCCGUGCCUUCCUGCAGUCUGAGUUCAGUGAUGAGAAUAUCGAGUUCUGGAUGGCCUGCGAGGAUUUCAAGAAGACCAAGAAGCCGGAGAAGAUGGCUGCCAAGGCAAAAAUGAUCUACGAAGACUACAUUCAGUCAGAGGGGCCCAAAGAGGUCAACAUUGACCAUUUCACCAAGGAUGUGACUCUGAGGAACUUGGUGAAUCUUUCUCCCGAAACCUUUGACCUGGCCCAAAAGAGAAUCUACGCCUUGAUGGAGAAAGACUCCUUCGGUCGUUUCCUGAGGUCUGAGCAGUACCAGGAGCUCUUGGUCAACUAAAGGCCGGCCCGAGACUGAGCGGCCAGGUGGGGAGGUGGAGAAUGGAUUUCAAUUCGUGUUUCGCUCUCAAAUUCAUCAAUUAACAAUUGAAAAUGGAAAUUAAGAAUAAUUCAAUGAACUUUUUUGAGUGCUAAAACUCAAGAAAAAAAGAUUCCAAAUUGGUACAAAAUGAGAGGAAAGUCGAAUGAACAAUUUGGGUGUAAACAAAAAGCGACGAUACUGAUAUUGAACUCAUAAACAAGCGAGCAGCUCAAAUCAAAUUGCCCCGACCACCAAAUUGUAUUCCUCAUGGAACAGAACCUUUCAUCAAAAUCAAUAUUUAGACAAAGUUGACGCCAAUCAACUCUCGUGAAAAAGAGAUUUCCAAAUAGGGUCGAUCUUUGCGUCCAAACUAGGCGUGGAUGACAAAACCACAUUUUGUAAUUCUUCAAAAACAACUUCAGCAUACAUUAGAAAAAAUCCCAACGUACCUUACAUGGUAGUGAACUUGCUGUUUAGUAUUAGUCUUUUCCACUUUCCGUUUUCUCUCUCUCACUCACACACACACACACACACACACACACACACACACACACACACGUUUCUGUCCACCAAGCUCCUAUUUGGGCUCCUGCGAGAGCCUUCCUUGAGAUGAGUGCUGGCAAGUUGGCUCAGUGGUCCAGCUCCUUGGCUGCCACCAAACUGCAAGUUGCUUGGCUGGGAAAAGCAGUGGGAGGGCAUCUUGGAAGAAGGCAACCGUGUGGCCAGAUGGUUUUCUAAAGUAUACACAAAGAUAUUAGCGACCCGAAGUGGUGUUUGUUUCCCACGCGCUUUUAUUUACAUUGUACCCAAUCCGUUUCUGUGCCCUUACUCACCACACCCGCAAACAGAUUUCCGAUUCGGAUGCUGUCAUCCCUACCGAUGCUUUCGAUAACAUUGUCCAGAGCAAAGAGUAAAACUAAAUCUUGAUGAUAAUAUAAAAAUGUAACUACUUUGCGCUUUAAAACUCUUUAUUCCCUAUAAGUUGAUUUACGGAGUCAUAUAAAGUGUGUGAUGAUACACAUGUAUGUAAUCUUUUUUUUUUUGUAUUACCAAAGAAGUAACGCUGUACUCAACACAAUAUUAUGAUUUGCAUAUUCACCAUAUUCACCAUUUGUCAAGUCCUUUUUCUUGUGAGCCGAUGGCGCGGAUAAGCCAGUCUGUUGCCAUCGGUAACGGGCCAGAAUAUCGGUCCGAAUGUGGGCCGUUGAGAAUGAUGAAUGAUGAUGUCAGCAAAUGGUGCAUGUACGUCUUGGAGAUGAGCACAUAAAUAUCAAUCUGCAUACUA